AGGCGCUACGCCGAAACGUAAAUAAUGCUGCGUUAAAUUUCAACAUGUCAUCUAUGUCGUUAUGUCAUUUUUUAUCACGCACUGUUGUCAAUAGAAUGCGCGAAAACGAGAAAGCAGAUGUUUUUGAAGAAGAUUUGUUAUAACUGACAAAAGCUAACGUCGGGGUUACCUUCGCACAAGAACGCUUUGACGGCGAUAGUUAUAUUUUUAUCUCCGAAAAGAAUUUACUCACUAACGUUAAAAGUUUAUUUGUUAGAAAUAUUAUACACAUAAAUCGUACGUAAAUGCGCCAGUAGUGUUCACCUGCAUUAACGAUAACCAUAUUUAUACAACAAUCACAAAUACUCAUGAUCCUAGAGGCACCAUGUCUUCCGGAUCGGUCUUCAAAGGGCAGAUUCUGAAAGUACGCCGGGAGGUGCAACUGUCCUGCGAUUCCAAAUCAUUGCUUCGGUCGUUGAAGGAAACAAAGCGCUGCUUGGAUGGGUUAAUGAGCCAACCGGACUACACGGUGUGUGUGGCCCAUCUCGUAAAAGAGCUAGUGGAUUGGGUUGAAAUAAAGGAGGAUCGUGAUCUACAAACCGUUGCCGCCAAAGAAUGUCUCGGACGUCUGGAAGAGUUUCUAACGGUAUGCCACCGGGCUGAUAGUACAACAAAAUCUUAUCUUGUGGCACGCCUCUACAAUGCGAUCGUUGCACUCAUACGUAAGGACACGAAUCGCGGACGAACCAAGACGAUCCUGUAUAUCGCACGCUUAAUGAAUCAGUUUCCCAUUGUGGACGAUCAGGCAGAUUUGUUUGUGCGGGUGAAGCAAGCCGUGCUCAAGAGGGUACACGAAGCCAAAGAAACGAAGGAACUAACGGACGAGGGUGCAGAUUUGGUAAUAGAAAUGCAGCGCAAUUCGCUAGUCCACGAGGCGAACCGAGCACGAUCUUCGACGGAUGGAAUUCGUCAGCCGGCGUUAGCGCUUUUCCGCGAUGUGUUCGACAACGGGAUGGCCAUACUGUGCCGGUUGUAUUCUGUCAGCCGCACAAAAGCGCAACUACUUUACCAAACCAUCAUGGACACGAUGCAAACGGUUGUUAAGCCGGAUGAGCGUGAAUUAAUCAGCUUGCUUGGUGAUAGCGUUAGCUUUGUCGAAACAAUUCUCGGACAUGCGGGACGAGAAAAUGGAGACUAUUAUCAGUAUGCCGAAUUUCUCACCAUAUUCAAAGAUAUACGUAGUGAGCCGUAUGCUAGCUGCUACCAGUUGGUAACCCGGUUGGUGCAGCUCGUCAAACAAAUUCAACCGACGGAACAGCAGAUCGAAAGCAUGACCAAACUUCUACGGUCUGUUCACACAACGUUUCCCACCCAUCAGCUAGUGGUUCGGGUAGCUAUAUUUAUCGCUUGCCAAGCCAUUGCUUAUUUGUAUCGGUUGCCGCAGGACGUAUCGUUGACCGUGUCCCACUCGGCAAUCGGGCUCUGCGAGGCGCUUAUGCACUUUGUGCGCCAGUGUCCGCCGGACACCGUGCCCGAGUUGUGCCGAACGUGCACAAGUUCGCGACGUCAUUUGGCCGAUAAACUGCUGAGCAUACUGAUGCAUUUAAGCAUCGUUCAAGCAAGGAACGCGACCGAGCAACGCAGCGAUCUGACCAAGCUGUCUUAUUCGGUAAGCCGAAGCUGUGAGCUGAUCAAGCGGAAACUGGCACUGUUGGACGAACUUGGCUGUGAACGAAAGCGAUCGCUAAUCGACAGUACGAUGCGCCACAGCAUCUCCUGGGUAAAAUUUGCCCUAACGCUACUCCGCGAGGAUGCAACGGAGGAAACGGUUGAAAUUGUACGCACAAUCAAGCUGCUCAUAUCCGUGCAAAAUCGCUACAGGUUCGAAUUUUUGUCCGACCUAUAUCUCGUACGGCUGCUGGAGGUGAGCUACACCGAUCGACCUGGAACGGCGGGUGGUGUCGCAUCGUGCUGGGCGAAUGUUAGUAUACGAUUGCUGAAGCUAUUGCUAACGCUCCGGGACGCAUCAUCUGGCACAACCAGUUGGACUGAGGAGCACAGGGCCAGCAUCAGUUCGAUCGUACGGUCGAUCAUGUGCUGCCAAAUGAAUGCCCCGGACACGGAUCCAGUCCGCACGCUCACCAUUUUACAGCUGUACGAUCAUCCAUCCUUUGAUCGGCACGCGUUCACCUUCGACUGUUUACCAUCCCGUGCGGAAAAGGUUACCAUUUUUGCCGAGGAAAUGGCACUGGCGGUGAAGUACAAAACGUCCAACACACUGCCAGUGUGGGACUACAUGGUCGAGCUGACAAAGGUGGUCGAUAUGCGUGAGAAUUGUCUCGCCUUUGGUAUGGCACUGCACGGAUUAAACGAGAAUGAUGCAGCUAAACUACCGGAGACACUAAUGAACGCGCUGAUGGAUGCUUUACAGGCGUACACACCGAUGAGCACGCUGGAACGCGUCAAACGUACCGCUGCAUUGGGCAUCGUGAGCUACUACACGUUCAGUUCUGUUAGCCGAACAUUAACCAACCGUUUGCGGGAAAUUCCGUUCAAAACGGACCAAUUGCGCAAUGGUAAAAUUGAUGAGAUACUGAUCGAGAAUCAGCUUGAUCGCGAGGCUACAAUUUUAUCGCGAAUGGAAGCGAUCCGACAGUAUUACGGUGAACUAUUGGAUGCGUUGGUAGAGGAUAGCUUUCAGUCGCUUUGGGUAUUACCGUCGGUUACGCAUAUAUCGAGCAUACUGGACAAUACCGCACGCUUGUAUCAUCUGAACUAUCAUCCGCACCGAGCGGUUGAGCUGCAGCGAUUAAAUUUGCUUCUCGUCGCACAACGUCGUGAUACGCGUCCGCUGGACCAGUGCGGCUCACUAGCAUUUCUUCUGGAACAGUACCAACAGGCGGAUGUUGAGUUGAAGAGUGUAAACGAAAAAUUACCACCAAACCAUGCAGGUGGUCCACUAGCAACGUUGGAAGAUCUAGCAAACCGGGCGAAAAGUUUACUGCAACCACCAGGUGGUAUCGAUAGCGUACCAGAUAAUCGUAAGUUUCAGCUGUUAAAUCUAUACCUGGGACUCGCAGUGUAUUAUGCUUCCAGGCGUAAGCUUGAAGCAGCACUUCGUUUGAUUCAACGCGCCCUAGAUCAUCUGGACAAGUCCAGCAAUGUCGACACGAUCAAGCAGCUGUUACACGGCCGUACGGCACAGAUCAUUUUCCGACUUGCUACAGAGUGCGAGUUGCCUUUGCCCGAUGCUGUGCCACCGCUAGCGUUCAUGAGGCAAAUGCUAUCCAGCUUCAGCGAGCUGCAGAUGUUGUCUGGUGAACACAUGUUUACACUGUCGCUUGCCACGGUCGAUAUGACGAUAGAUGUGCUCCAGUUUCUGAUCGUACGGUACGAAACCGGUCCAAUGAUUGAACCAUAUUUGGAGCAACUACUGAAGUUUGUGCUGCGUAGAGCUGCCGGAUUACGCACGAUGCAGCUGAUGCUGCUCUGUGGUCAGAUGUACGCCGAUAUGCAAAAGUUGGAUCGAUGUGAGACCAUGCUAUUGUACCUCGAUCGAUUGUUGAUGUUCCGCCCGAUGCUGUCGGAAGAAGGAAAGGAAAACGAAAAAAUGAUCGAUGAUCUUUCGCUAGCAGGAAGCUAUACGAAGGUUCCCCAUAAAGUUGUCAAUAACAUACCAUUAUCGGGCCAUACUAUCAUCAUCGAGGAUCUCGUUGACGUUGAAAGAGAAGCCGCACCAAAGCACCGAAUCCCUUCUACAUUGAACUGUGGAAGAUCACCCACUCGGAAUGAAGUGGCAGCGAAUGAAACGAAUAUACAACAGUAUCUCAUGUUCCGGCACUGUGCGGGGUGCGAUUGUCGUUACUGCCGCUACCCACAGUACAAAUCGAUGGCAUAUCAAACGGCUGCACUUUCCGUGCGAUUAUCCGUCCUGCAGCAGACUAAAUCGACGAAACACAUCGAACGUGCCUACGACACACUCAUCGAGCACUGGCAGGGGCAUGUACAACCACACUUGCUUUCCUGUACCGUGCCGGUGUAUCGUAAGGAUCUGGCCGUAUCGAUCAUCCGAACCCUUAUGCAUCGCGGUCAGUUUCUUAUCAGACAGCAGCUGUUCGAACGUGCCCGUGAGGUUUACGGAUGGGCGUUGGAACUUAUCGAGCAUAGCAACGACUUGGCACUGGCCGCUGACAUACGGUUUAACAUUAGAGCGUUGGAUUUACUGGUGCAGUGCUCAACAAUACAAACAUCCAACACUCUUCGUCCAAAACGUACCCGAUCGAUGAUUGAAAUGCGUUAUGCUGAGCUGCUUGCAAAGAAAAGUGAAGUCAAUCGUAAAACUCCGGACAUGGGUUCACUAACGACCAAUCUGAGCAGUUUAACGUUGAAGACUCCAAAAACGGCUAGGGUAGCUGUUGGUCAACGGGCACCACCAAAGACGGUCGAUCGUGUAAAUGAGUUGCUACGGCAGGCAACGUCACGACGCCAUCAGCUAAAAACCUCCGAUGCGGACGUAUUGCUUGUGCCGGAAGGUAUGAAUCCUACGCGUCCGUACUCUGCUUCCGCUCGCAAACCAAAAACGGUCAACAUUUUCGUAGAUUCUCCGCCAAGCUGUACGGGAAGUGGUGUUCCGGCAGUACCGGCAACGGUUAGUAAAAUGUUGAAACCGUCAUCAAUACCAGCUACUACGAGUGUUGUUAAAUCCAAAGCUAAAUUGCCGAAACCGGAGACGCUGACUGCGUUGGAGACGAGUGAUUUAAAAAUGUCAACGGCAGCUACUGAAAGCUCCCGCCGUACAGGAAAGCGAAGAAUGAUUAGAGAUCCACCAACGGAAAUGCUUGAACCAGUGACACCGAGCAGUAACAUGCAAUCGUACAAAGAUGCUUUGGUGAAAGAAAGUCCCACGUGUUGUACUCCACCACCACAAACGAUUGGCACAAAUAAGACCGGACAGAAGGUUCGUCGUUUGGUGAUGAAAGAAUUCCCCAGCUUAAGCGCGUCGAGCGACAGCGACGAGUCUACGAAAGCACCGAAAACGACGCAGCAACGAGCCGACAGUCCGGCACUGAAUGGAUCGUUCAGGGAUGCACUUGUACUCGGUGGUGCAACGAAAAAGAGCGACAGCAGUGACGUUGUGAUCGUGUUGGAUGAUUCACAUAAUUCCAGCCACAAAUCGGAGGAAGCGAUUGAGACCAGCUUCGAACACAGCCAUGCCGUUUCCGCAGAUAAACGAAACGGACUUUCGCUAAAAUCUUACUCCGACCGGAAACGUUUGCUCGGAAGUGGUGGAUGUUUAUCGGCAUCAUCGUCCUCGGCUGUCCGGUCACUGGCAACGAAGCGUAGAACACCGUUGUUGAUAACGAAAACGAAACUAAGAUUUGAUGAACCAAGUCCGGAGCUUACAAGCAAUGGGAACGAUGGGAAGCCGAAGUCGAGAGCAGAAGUUAGUGAUAAUAGCAAAUUGGGUAAUACGAAGCCAGUGGAUGGAAAACCACCGAUACGUUUGAAUGGGAAAAUAGCUGCCGAACCAGCACCGAGCACCGUUCAAAAGGUAGAACCACGUAUAAGUAGUAUUGCGUCGCGUACACGGUUACGACGGAAACGAAUCUGACCUUUAAUAUAAGCCAUAUGUGUUCUUUUUUUGUAUCUUGCGGACCUCAUUUAUAUUGUACUGUAUUUAAUUAAUUGUUAGAUAUUGCAUCACUGAACUGAAAAGAAAAAUCUCGAAAUUCUGAAUCGAUAGUAGAAAUAAAUUCGGUAAAUCAAAUUUGCAUUACAACAACACUGCU